AUUUUCCCCCCGUCCUGUUCCUCACAUACCUGAACGCCUCGCAGCCCCAGGAUGGCUCGCGGCGGGAACUUCGGACUCUCCUCAGGCCGCGGUGGCGGACAGGGCUACCGCGGCUCUCACCGCGGCUCCUUUCGCGGGCAACGUGGUUCAUGGCGUGGACGUGGUGGAUACGCUAGAAAGGCGAACGGCACGGGGGACGGCGCUCCGCCGAAGCGCGAAGACGACGGAACACAGCUUGCAGAAAGAUUCGAGGAGGUGCGGCUCCGGGACGAGAUUGACGAGAAGCUGGGAUUUGCGAGGGUGCAGGAGGGUCUGCCCAAGGACGGCUGGCUAGUGAACAUGCAUCCGACUCUCGUAAAAGAUUCAGAAUGGCCGUCUGGCAAGACUGCCGUCGAUUUCUAUUUCAUUCAGGAUGAUGGGAGCAUGUUCAAAUGCACGUACAUGUACGAGCCGUACUUCUAUAUCUGCUGCAAGGCAGGCGCCGAAACGACAAUCGAAGAAUGGCUGACGAAGAAGUACGAAGGCCUCAUCUGCCGCAUCACCCGAGAGCGAAAGGAGGACCUGAAGCUCCCGAACCAUCUCAUGGGACACCAGCGGCUCUAUCUGCAGCUCUCUUUCCGCAACGUGUCCGACCUGCUGACCGUCCGCCGCGAGUUGAUACCGAUCGCGCUCGAGAACAGCGCGAAACGCGACGCAGUGGACGCUUACGCGGAGGUCGUGAGCGCCACGGCCGGCGGCGCGUCCAUGGACAUCGAGCUCGAGGACGAAGAGUGGGGGGUGGGCGGCGUAAACCGGGGCGGGCGGGGCUCGCGCGACAAAGACCCGCGGGAAAGCAUCAUCGACAUCCGCGAAUACGACGUCCCGUACUACCUGCGUGUCGCGAUUGACAACGACAUGCGUGUCGGGCUGUGGUACGCAGUGUCGUUCGCUGCCGGACAGCCCGCGUUUAAGCAGAUCGUGGAGCGUGUCAAGCGUGCGGACCCGGUGGUCAUGGCGUACGAUAUCGAGACGACCAAGGCGCCGCUCAAGUUUCCUGACCAGGCGAUCGACCAGGUUAUGAUGAUUUCGUACAUGGUGGAUGGGCAGGGAUAUUUGAUCACGAACCGGGAGAUCGUGAGCGAGGAUAUCGAGGACUUUGAGUACACACCAAAGGAUGGGUACGAAGGUCCAUUUAUCAUCUUCAACGAGGCGAAUGAGGCAGCGACGAUAACCCGGUUUUUCUCGCACAUCAAGGCAGUUAAGCCGACGGUCAUGGCCACUUUCAACGGCGACUUCUUUGACUUUCCGUUUCUCGAUGCACGAGCGAAAGCCAACGGAAUCGACAUGUUCCUCGAGACCGGAUUCGCAAAAGACCAGGAGGACGAGUACAAGAGCCGUACUUGUGUUCACAUGGACUGCUUCCGAUGGGUGAAGCGGGACUCGUAUCUCCCGCAAGGAAGUCAGGGUUUGAAGGCCGUGACCCAGGCCAAGCUGGGAUACAAUCCCAUCGAGUUGGAUCCUGAGCUGAUGACACCAUACGCGAUGGAGCAGCCGCAAGUGCUGGCGCAGUACUCCGUUUCCGAUGCGGUGGCCACGUACUACCUGUACAUGAAAUAUGUGCACCCCUUCAUCUUUUCGCUCUGCAACAUCAUCCCGCUCAAGCCGGACGAGGUGCUUCGCAAAGGUAGCGGAACGCUUUGCGAAACGCUUCUCAUGGUCGAAGCAUACCGGGGACACAUCAUCAUGCCAAACAGGCACGAAGAGACUCAUGGGGAGAUGUACAACGGCCAUCUGCUUGCGUCUGAGACUUAUGUCGGAGGUCACGUCGAAGCGCUGGAGGCUGGCGUAUUCCGAAGUGACAUUGCGACGCAUUUCAAAAUUGUGCCCUCUGCUGUACAGCAAGUGUGUGGUCCGCAAUUUGUUACUGGAUCACUCGCUCACAUGCUGCAGCUCAUCGACGAUUUGGAUGCUGCGCUCAAGUUCUGCAUCGUUGAAGAGUCCAAGGCCUCGCUGGAGGACGUGACGAACUACGAUGAAGUCAAGGCUGAAAUUCAGGUGGCGCUUGAGUUGCUGCGCGACGAGCCGAUGCGACACGACCAGCCGUUGAUCUACCAUCUGGAUGUAGCGGCUAUGUAUCCCAACAUCAUGUUGUCCAACCGGCUCCAGCCGGACUCGAUGGUCGACGAAGCUGACUGCGCGGUCUGCGACUACAACCGGCCAGGCAAAACCUGCGACCGGCGGCUCGAAUGGGCGUGGCGGGGCGAAUUCUUCCCUGCCCAUCGAGAUGAGUUCAACAUGAUCAAGCACGCGCUCAACCAGGAGACGUUCCCUGGCCGACGCCCCGGAAUGCCCCAGCGGAAGUUCAUGGAGCUCAAUGCGACAGAGCAGACGGCGCUGCUGCACAAGCGGUUGGGCGACUACUCGCGCAAGGUGUACAAAAAGACGAAGGACACGAAAGUCGAGACGCGCGAGUCGAUCGUCUGUCAGCGGGAGAAUCCGUUCUACGUCGACACCGUGCGCACGUUCCGAGAUCGCCGCUACGAGUACAAGGGCCUGCACAAGACGUGGAAGAAGAACCUGGAUGCGGUGCUGGCGGAGGGCCGGUCGCUCGCAGACGUCGACGAGGCCAAGAAGAUGAUCGUGCUGUACGACUCGCUCCAGCUGGCACACAAGUGCAUCCUCAACUCGUUCUACGGCUACGUUAUGCGCAAGGGGGCGCGCUGGCACUCGAUGGAGAUGGCGGGCAUCACGUGUCUCACUGGCGCGCGCAUCAUCCAGAUGGCGCGUGCGCUGGUGGAGCAGAUUGGGCGCCCGCUCGAGCUCGACACGGAUGGGAUCUGGUGCAUGCUUCCUGGGGUGUUCCCGGAGAACUUCAAGUUCAAGCUGUCGAAUGGGAAGGCGAUCGGAUUCUCGUACCCCUGCACGAUGCUGAACCAUCUCGUCUACGCCCAAUUCACCAAUCACCAGUACCACGAUCUGGAUCUGCCGACGGGAGAGUAUAAGAUUCACAGCGAGAAUUCGAUCUUCUUCGAAUUGGACGGCCCGUACAAAGCUAUGAUUCUGCCCUCGUCGAAGGAGGAAGACAAACUGCUCAAAAAGCGAUAUGCGGUGUUCAACGACGACGGGAGUCUCGCUGAGCUCAAAGGCUUCGAGGUCAAACGCCGAGGCGAACUGCAGCUCAUCAAGAUCUUCCAGUCGCAGAUCUUUGAAAAGUUCCUGCUCGGGACGACGACGGAGGAGUGCUACGCUGCCGUGGCCCAAGUCGCCGACCAGUGGCUGGAUGUGUUGUACAGCCACGCCGACAGCCUCAGCGACGAAGAGCUUGUCGAUCUCAUCGCCGAAAACCGGAGCAUGUCGCGCACACUAGCUGAAUACGCGGGCCAGAAAUCGACGUCGAUCAGCACCGCGAAACGAUUGGCGGAGUUCCUGGGCGACCAGAUGGUCAAAGACAAGGGCCUCGCGUGCAAGUUCAUCAUCUCUGCCAAGCCCAUCGGGGCGCCUGUCACUGAGCGCGCGGUCCCCGUCGCGAUCUUCUCAACCGAGGAGAGCGUCAAGCGGACGUACCUGCGCAAAUGGCUCAAGGACAACAGCCUGACCACGUUUGAGCUGCGCGAGAUUCUCGACUGGGGGUACUACAUCGAGCGCCUUGGGUCCGUGAUCCAGAAACUCAUCACGAUCCCUGCUGCGAUGCAGAAAGUCGCCAAUCCGGUCCCGCGCGUGCGGCAUCCAGACUGGUUGCAUCGGCGUGUGGCCGGUGCCGUGGACAAGUUCAAGCAGAACAAGGUCACGGAUUUCUUCAAGGUUCUGACGGCAGAGGAGAAGCUGGCCGCUGCGCAGGAGAGGGACAUGGAGGAUUUCGGGGAGGAGGAGCACGAGACUGGAGGCCGCAAGAUCGCGGUCGUGUCCAAGAAACAGCGUGUAGAGGAGCCUGUGGCGAAGGCGUUGCCGGACCCGAGCGUCAACUAUUCGGCCUGGAUCAAGGCCAUGCGUCCGCGCUGGAAGAUGCGCCAGGAGCUGCGUUCGGGCGCAGGCUCAACCGUGGUCCCUGCCAUGUUCAAGAACGCGAAAAUCCGCACGAACCGCCGCUGGGACGUCGUCCAGAUCCGGCCGAGCAAGACGCCGGGGCGGUACCUCCUCUGGAUCUCGGUCGACGCGGAUGUCAUCUCGGUCCCGCUGCGGAUCCCGCGCGAGUUUUACCUGAACCUCAAGACGCCGAAGGACGAGCUGUUCCGGAGCGAGUAUUACACGUGGGAGAAGGUCACGCGCAGUCUGCCGCGGAAUCUGCCGAGUGCAAAUUUGUAUCGGAUCGUCGUAAGGGAGGAGGUGUACCAGGAGAUUCAGGAGCAUUUCAUCGAUCUGACCAACGACCCGAAUGUGGAUGGUGUGUUUGAGUUGCAGGUUCCGUUGCACGUCCGGGCUCUGCUCAAACUAGGGAAGACAUGUUCUACGGAGGACUCGAGUCUGACUUUGAACCGUGCGCAGACGGUGGGCUUGGACCUGUCGCAAGUCGACCGCGCGGGUUCCAGCGGCAAGAAGUAUUUCGACGGCGGCAAAGACAAGAAGUACAUCUUCCUGUACCACGCGUACUCCGCCAACAGCCCUCUCCACGUCUUCGCGCUGUUCACGCCAACGGGGUCGGUCAAGCUGCACAUCGUUGAUCCUGCCACACGGCGACAGGCGAUCCCACGGCUUCCCACGACCUAUGCAGAUCUGCUCGCCAAGUUCCAGUCGUCCGAAUUUGCACACAGCAGCUCCAUCGCGUAUGCCGAGACGCUCGAGUUCUCGAGCACGUACCACGGGAAUGACGUCACGGCCCUCAAGGCCGUCUCGCGCGAUCUCGUCGUACUACGACCGGCUGGUGCCGAAGCUGGCCAAGUUCCCGUGCUCAACAUGUCCAAGGCGCGGGGCGCGCACACGCUCGAUGUCUUCCCGUGGCAGACCCAUGUCGGUGGCAAGAUGCUGAACCGGUACCUGUCGGCGGGCGGCUGGCUGGAGCGCAUGGUCGCCCUGGCGGAGUACUACGACGUGCCGCUCGGCCACGUGGAGGGCGAUCAGCCGCUGUUCAUGGCGGACAUCACCUUCGCGCGGAGGCUGGUCGCGCAGGACAUGGUCCUCUGGUGGUCGCCCUCCGACCGGCCGGAUCUGGGCGGGAUCGAGAACGACCGCCGGCCGACGGAGGAGUUUCCCCGGUCCGAGUUUAUGACGCCGGGCGCGUACUCGAAUGUGUGUCUCGAGAUCGCUGUGCGCAAUCUGGCGGUCAACUCCGUGCUGCACUCGGUCGUCGUGAACGAGCUCGAGGGUAGCGGUGGCGCGACGGCGUUUGACUCGGUGUCGCGCACAUUGGACGAGCACACGGGGGCUACGGCCUCGCGCGAUCUGACGCUCGGCGAAUCGAACGUGUCGAGCCAGACGUUCAACAUCCUCCGCGGGAUGGUCAAGGUGUGGCUGCUCGACAAAAUCGAGAGCAAGUUCGAAGGGCCGGCGAAUCUCGCCCUGGACCAUUUCUGGCGCUGGAUUAGCUCGAGUGCUUCCCAUCUGCACGAUCCGAGCAUCCACCGCUUCGUGCAUCGACUGAUGCGCAAGACGUUCUUGCAGUUACUUGCCGAGUUCAAGCGGCUCGGGUCGCAUGUCAUCUACGCCGACUUCAGUCGGAUUCUGCUCGCGACCUCCAAGCCCCCGGGGACAGCCUACGCUUACGCGACGUACAUUACGACGGCAGUCAAUUCGAACGAGCUGUUCCAGCACAUCCAUCUGCACACGCAGCAUUUCUACGACUAUCUGCUGUUCAUGGACCAGGCGAAUCUGGGGGGCGUCGUGUGCGAGGACCCGCUCGCCACGGAGCCCCCGGACGUCCUCGCGCUCGAGAUGCAGUGGAACAUCGCGCUGUUCCUCCCGAAGGCCAUCCAGCAGGACUUUCACGCGGCGGUGCAGUACUUUAUCGUGGAGAUGUACAAGAUCCGGCAACGCGUCGGGGGCGGCCCGCUGCGGGUGAUGCGCACCGCGGACGGGAUGCCGGAUUCGACGCAGAAGGACCAGGUCAAGGUCAAGGAGACCGAGGCGAUCCACGAAUUCCUGUCGCGCAAGCUCACGCGCACGAUGCUCAGGGCUGUUGGGGCCGUGCUGGAGCGGCACCGGGAUGCCGUGAUGGACGAGGAGCUGCUGCGGGAGUGGGCCUUCCCGGUGCUCCCGGGCUCGCACCUGCACCUGAGCAACCCGGUGCUGGAGCUCGUCAAGGCGGAACCUGCUCGAGCUGAUCGGCGUGCGCGAGUUCUCACCCGAGGCGGCGUUCAGGAACCCGUGCGAGCCGCUGAAGCUGUUCAACGUGCCCUGCCGCCACUGCGAUGCGAUCCGGGACAUGGAUUUCUGCCGCGACCCGUCACUGCUGCCCAGCGCCGCGGACGGGACCCCGCGCUGGACGUGCUCCGCGUGCCGCGGCGAGUUCGACCGGCUCGCGAUCGAGUUCACGCUGAUGGAAAUGGUGUUCUCGCUGGAGCGCAACUUUGCGCAGCAGGAUCUGCGGUGCUCCAAGUGCCAGCAGAUCCAGUCGGACAACUUGUCCCGGUACUGCUCGUGCUCUGGUUCGUAUCAGUUGACCGCGAGCAAGGCCGAGGUGCGCAGGAAACUGAAGACGAUCGUGAACGUCGCUAUCGUGCAUGGGCUGCCGAGGUUGAAGGAAUGCGCUCAGACGAUGCUGGGCAGCUGGUGAUUCGUUUUGCUGUGCCGUAAUUUAUGAUUUACAAUUGUAUACUACUCGCAAAUCUGCUUGAAUCAUUGUACACACUUACUCCGCGGGCAAGAUACCCUCCAGCCAGUGUCCCAGGUCCCU